AAAUAUCCGGCAGUUCUUUCACUUCCAAAAUAUAAUUAUCAUACAAACUCUUGCUUUUCUCUCUUUCUUUCCCCUCUCAAAGCUUAAAUCAAAGAAAAAAGAACAACCCAGUAAAGAAACAAGCAAAGCUAGCUUGGUUUGUUUCUUUUUCUUUCUGUGUCUGUUUUAUGAUGUUAUGUCACAGAUUACUCUCAUUUUCUCUUCUUAUCACCUUUCUUUUCUUCUUUUCUUCAACACUACUUCCCUUCUCACUUGGUGUUUCACACUUCCCUGCUCUACCCCCUGCAGAAAGGGAAAAUGAGGCAACGUAUGGUGUGGCAUUCCCAUGGGAGAGUCGAAGGUCUGUUGUGGAAGCACCUAUCAGUGAACCUGUUGAAAGCUCAGCCUCAACACUUGUGUUAGCUCCAAGGAGGACUUACAGAAAAGACCCUCUUAAUGGGUUCAAAAGAUACACGGGAGGAUGGAAUAUCAGCGACCGCCAUUACUGGGCUUCUGUAGGAUUUACCGCAAUUCCCCUAUUUGCCAUUGCCGCAGUAUGGUUUUUGGGCUUCGGGUUGUGCUUGCUGCUUUUCUGCGUCUGUUAUUUCUGUUGUGGAAGAAAGUCCUAUGGAUACUCUCAAUCAGCUUAUGUUCUCUCUCUUUUUUUUCUCAUUGUGUUCAGUAUUGGUGCAAUCAUUGGAUGUGUAAUUCUGUAUACUGGUCAGGGAAAAUUUCAUAAAAGCACAACAGAAACUUUGGACUAUGUUGUCAGUCAGGCAGAUGCUACAGUCCAAAAACUGAAGGAUGUGUCAAAUUAUCUUGCUUCAGCCAAGCUAACUGCAGUUGAUAAAGUUUACCUACCUUCUAAUGUCCAAACUGAUAUUGACCAAAUUGGAACAAGAAUCAAUUCUUCUGCUAGCACCCUUGCUGAUCGAACAUUGGAGAAUUCAGAUGAUAUACGUGAUCUCUUGGACUCCGUGAGACUGGCGCUUAUUGUUGUCGCUGCUAUUAUGCUUCUCUUGACAUUCCUUGGAUUCUUGUUCUCAAUUUUCGGCAUCCAAGUGCUAGUGUACAUCUUGGUCAUAGUUGGAUGGAUAGUUGUCGCUGGAACCUUUAUUUUAUGUGGAACUUUUCUUCUUCUCCAUAAUGUGGCUGGAGAUACUUGUGUUGCAAUGAAUCACUGGGUACAAAAUCCUACUUCUCAUACAGCUUUAGAUGACAUACUGCCCUGUGUAGACAGUGCAACUGCCCAAGAAACCUUAUCGCGAAGCAAGGAAGUUACUCUCCAAUACGUCGAUUUGAUCAACUCAGUCAUCACCAAUGUGUCUAAUCUUAACUUUUCCCCUAAUUUUCCACAAAUGUACUUCAAUCAAUCUGGUCCAUUGGUUCCGAUUCUCUGCAAUCCGUUUAACCAUGACUUAACAGAUCGUCCUUGUAGCGAUGGUGAGGUGGACUUGAACAAUGCAACACAGGUAUGGGGGAGCUAUGUCUGUCAGGUUUCAGCAACCGGAAUAUGUAUCACAACGGGGCGUUUGACCCCUGACAUAUAUAAUCAAAUGACAGCUGCAGUUAGUGUAUGCAAUGGGCUUGGAAAUUAUGCUCCUUUCCUGGUUGAGCUGGAAGAUUGUACAUUUGUAAGGGAAACAUUCGGUGAGAUAUAUAGGAACCAUUGUCCUAGUCUGAACCAGUACAGCAGAUGGGUUUAUGUUGGACUAGUAAUGGUCUCUACUGCUGUUAUGCUUUCUGUUAUUUUCUGGGUUAUUUAUGGUAGAGAAAGGCGACACCGUGCAUAUAACAAAAAGCUGCAAGCUGAAUCAACCCAGAGUUUGGAAGAGGACAAGCAUUCCCAAUCCUAAUAAAGAGAAAGUCAUUGUAUUUGUAUCUUCUGAUGGCAUAGGUUAGAGAGUUUAUUCUUGGUUUUGUUUGCAUUUAUGUAAAUGCACAUUUCAGAUUUUUUUUUUUUUUUUUUUUUU